AUGAAGCCGGCUCGCUUCCUCUCCUCUAUUGCCUUCCUUGCCGUUAACGUCCAUGCCAAUACCGAGAAGAUCAUCUUCGUCGCGCCGCCUGCAAAUCACAUCUCACAGUUAGGAGAGUUGCGAGGACUGGACGUGCUCGCGCCAGCGACUCCUUCUCUGAGGACUGCUCUUUCAGUUGCGUUUCCCACGGCGACAGCGAGCAAGGAACCGCAAGGCGUCGAAUCGUGGUUCUUGCUCUCCGACCUCAAUCCUGGACAGCGGUACGAAGUGAGGGUGUGCUGGGCAGCGGUUCAGCCGACGACAUUCUGGAUCGAUACGUUUGAGCCAAGCGCAAUACUGGACGACGAGCAGUUAUUUCAAAAGCUCAGCGACUACAGCCAGAGUCGGACAGACAAGGCAGCAAAGACUGCGAACGAUCAGAGACCGAGUGUCUUGUUCCUACGGAUCACUGCCGCAGCCGACUUCUUCACCACCAAUGCGACUUUGAUGCAACACCCGCCUCCCGUGGACGUCGAUAUCAUUCUUGACCCGUUCAUCGGCAACAUCUUUCCAAAGUCCCUGGUGCCGACAGUAAUCUACAUCAUCGCCCUCGCGAUCGGAAGCUGGCUCAUAUCCGGCUACGCCUGGCAAUUCCUCACAGGAACCUCAAACGCUCAACCCAAGAAACCCCACACCGACUGA